GAGCUCUUCAAUUGUUUAGGAAAUUAUUUGAAACUUCUAUGCGGAAACGACUAAAAUGUCUUAAACAGUAUGCGUCUUGUGAAACAAAGAAUAUUGAAAUAAUAACACUUCAAAAUGACAAGUCACAUUACACGCAUGCAGUAUGAACAACAAAGACUGAAUAGUCUGGGAAGAAGUGGCAGCUCUUCUUCAUUACGUUCCAGUGAUCCUAUACGUGUCCCUUCAGUUGCUUCAUUUCGUCCCUAUCCUGUAAAUCAGUUAAUUAAUCAAGAAACAACAGGAUCUACUGUCUCAGGAUCUUAUAUAUCAUCUAAACCUAGAUCACAAGUUGGUUCAGUUGGAAAUGUUUAUCAGAAUAUCAUAAAAAGUACAAGGCAGUUAGAUCCGACUGUUAAUGGAUCAACAAAUCUACAAAAUAUUGAAAAUGGAACUUCUGUUUUAAGUGAGAGCAACAGCAGAAUAGGCAGUAUGUCAGGUUAUCAACCAUCAGUAUUACUGACAAAAUCAAUUCAAGGAACUCGUUCAAUGUACGCUCCCAGUCACUUUAGAAUGUCGAAAAGCUUAAAAGCAUCUAAAGCCUCAUUAGCAACAUACAAAAGUGGCAGGACAACGAUACAAGCUGAACAUCAUGAUCGUAAAGUACAAAGAGAAAUAAAUUCAGUGAAAUUUGGUCGUGCAAAAAGAUUGUAUUGGAUUGCAAUCGGCUUUUAUACUAUGUUCUUGUUAGUAUUAUUUAUCGGUCUCCUAAUCACAUGUUUACGACAUGUUUAUAUGAAUAUAAUUUUAUCAUUAGAUAUUGGUGAAUUAACUGGUCCCUUAUUAAUUGCUUGUUCAUUUUUAUUCUUCGGAGCUGGAAUGAAAUUCUAUUAUGAUGCUUAUCGACUUGGCUCUGAAGAACGUAAACGUAUCAAGUAUAAAGCAGCAAGUCCUUCUACUGUAACAGUCACUACAGUAAGUCAGCGGGCUGCGGAUCCAGAGGAGAAACUCGUUAGUGGACAGACAUCGAAAAAUGCUUUGAGUCGUGCACCGAUUGGAUCGAGAACAACUUUAAUUAUGCCUUGAGUCAUCAAAUUUGUAAAUUCCUUGUUUUACUGCUUUCAUAUUUCUUUUCUUUUUCUUUCUGAAACCUUCAAUUCCCAUUAUCAAAACUAUUGAUCUAAAAUCCUUAUGUAAAUUUCUUUGUAGAUUGCUUUUCUGAAAACCGUCCAUUUUUAAAAAUCCAAUAUUGCCUUUAUAAUAUACAUAGGAAGACUGAAUUUCAGUCCAUUUGGUACUCAUUUAAACAGAAAAAUAGGUCAAUGCAAUAUAAAAGACAAUCAAAUAAACAAACCUUUUAGUAUAAAACAACGAAACUCACUGGUCUUAUUACUGUUUAAAACUACCUGAUAUGAAUAUGGGUGUGAUGCUGAAGGGAUAGGCAACACAUAACUUUAUGUAAGUGUGUUUUGAUAUACUCACAGCCUUAUAGUAAGUGCAGACGUUUCAAUGAGAAGUUAAGGUCGGCAAUUUCAUUGAGCGAUUUCCAUCCUCAUUCUUAGUUGCAAAAUCUCCAUUAUCACAAUUAUAUUACAAGAUUAUGUGAGUAUAAAGAUGGAGGAUACGGUGGGUUAACCGUUCUAAUGAUGAUGAAAGGGAUUGUGGAAAGUUAUUUUAGAGGCAUAAACUUCCGCAAAAUCGCUUCACAGUUAGAAUCUUGUCUACCUUUUGUUGUUAUAUGUUUAGUUCGGAUUUUUUUUGGUUUGUAAAGAGUUAGAUUAAUUUCAAUGUAGAUUUCCUAAUCACUAACAGACACAAUUUAAGGAGGUAUGAAAACCAGCGAGCACUCAACAACUGUUUUGGACUCUUGAGCAGUACUCAACCAUGUCUAUAUACACACACAGUGGCUGACUGGUAAUGUGCUUGACUCGUAACCAGAAGGUUAUAAGCUCGAUCGCUAGUGCGGUCAUAUAUGUGUAUUGCUGAGCACUUUCAAACUAACACAAAAUAUCCGUCGAGUGCUGACUGGAUUCGAUUGGUUCUUUAACUGAUGUUAGUGAUGAAGUCUACUUUUAGCCCAAUCAGUAGUGACUCAUUCCAUUAUUUGCUUUUGUGAUUAAACUGAACUUUGUAACUGAAUGUCUGUUUUUUUAUGAAUCGGUUAAUUACAUAGUCUGUUGUGAUGAUGCCUUUUUAAAUUUUACUACUUUGAUAAUAC